AGACGACAAAGGAACCAUGAAGGUGCAGCAAGUCAUCGCAGGAUGUCUUCUUACGUGGACAGUCGGCCAUUGCUUCCCGGGCUUGGACCAGGACACGGUGUUCACCGGCCGCGCCAUGGAGCGCGCGAAGGAAGUGGACACCACGUGCCGCGCCGAGUCGGGCGCCGGCGAUGACAGCUUCCACCUGUUCAUCACCGGCGAAGAGGUGCCCGACAGCGACCACCCGUUCAAGUGCUUCGUAAGAUGUGUGAUGAGACAACUUGAAUCACUCGAUGAAGACGGCAACUUCAGCAUCGAAGAGGAGUUGCAGAACGUGCCGCCCGAGAUCAAGGAAGAAGGAGACAGAAUCGUCAAAGCCUGCGCUCACAUCAAAAGCCCGGACCAAUGCGAGACCGCGUACCGGAUACACAGGUGCUACCACAACGAGAGUCCAGAGGUUUACUCAGUCGCCAUUAGACACUGGGAAUACAGAGCCCGCAAUUAACAGAAUGGCUGGAGUCUGUCAUCUAAGCUUACGUGACCAAAAGAGAACUUCACAACUUGGCAAUGACAAUCUUGAAUUUUAAUCUUUAGCACAUUUUUGCCUAUACGUAUUAUCAAACACUGUAUCUGCACAUGCUUUAAAUGGAAAUAAAUAAUCUUUCAUUGGUAUUAUAACUUAAAA